AUGGCAAAUAUAUCUGAAUGGGUUGGCAACACAAAUUCAUCAGGAUUCACAGACUUUGAACCAUGUGCCAGUUUGAGAAGCACAGCAUCGAAAAUAGUUCUGUAUUUAUUCAUUAUAGCUGUGGUAACUUGCACCAUUGUUGGUAACUUUUUACUGGUCCUGGCCAUUGCUUACUUUAAACAACUGCACUCCCCAACCAACUCAUUCGUCCUGUCACUGGCUGUUGCAGACUUCCUAGUUGGACUCACAGUCAUGCCCUACAGCAUGAUCAGAACGAUUGAAGGAUGCUGGUACUUUGGAUCCAUUUUCUGCCGAAUCCACUCAAGCCUAGACGUGAUGCUAUGCACAGCCUCUAUCUUUCACUUGAGUUGCAUUGCGUUUGAUCGCUACUAUGCCGUUUGCAAUCCCCUGGUAUACGGAUUCAAAAUGUCCAAAAAGAGGGUUACGGUCCUUAUAAUCAUCUGCUGGAUUGUCCCCCUGCUGAUAUCUUUUGCUCCUAUUAUGCUAGGACUUCCUGAGAUUGGCAUUGAAAACAAACUACCAAGCAAUGUAUGCUACUUUUUAGUCAACCAAGUGUACGCAGUUAUGGCCUCCUUUGUUGCCUUUUAUCUACCUAUGUUUAUAAUGCUUGUUGCGUACUGGAAGAUCUACAAGGCAGCACAGAGACAAGCCAGGCAGAUAAGCGCAGUAGAGAACCAGAUGAACCUUCAGAGCUCCGAUCCAGGUACCACCAAGAAGCCAAGACAUAAAAGCUCCCUGAAACGGGAGAAAAAGGCAGCGAAAACCCUUGGGAUCAUCAUCGGAGCCUUCCUUGUUUUCUGGUUGCCUUUCUUCACGACGAACAUCAUUGAUCCUUUUAUAGAGUACCAGACAGACAUGGUUGUCUGGGAAGUGUUUUUAUGGCUUGGUUACGUGAAUUCCUCCAUGAACCCUUUCCUCUAUGGUUUCUUCAACAGGUCGUUUAGAAGGGCAUUCUUCAUCAUCAUCGGUUGCAAAAUCUGCUUUCCUGGAUUGUCACCCAACACUGACCUUUCCAACACCAAAGGCAAUGAACGGACAACAAACUAGAAAUUCUUCCCAUCAGACUUAAUACUUUUUUUGCUUCGAUUUUAUUUUCACAGUGGUUAAGAUAAGUGCACUCCAAUCUACACUAAUUUCUACGGUUCAGUUUGAUGGGGGAACAGAAAUAUUUCUGGGUCCUGGAGCUUUAGCCUGACUCAAGUUUUUUUGAUAUGUAUUAAGAUUUAGCAACUGAUACAAGCAUUAGCAGCAGUGCUUAACAGUGUUACGUAUUAUCAGGCGUUGGUGUGGUAUACAUAUAUAAUACAUGGUGAAUAAUAAUCUCUCUAUAAACUCCUGUGUUUUAUAGUUUUAUUUUACCCAUGUAUUUUUUCUCCACCACUCUAUCACCAGUACAUGAACACAACAAAAUAAUAUCAAAACAACAACACCCUGCAGAUUUCAAGUUGUAUCCGCUAAAGACAGGGAUACAUUUAUGGAAGAGCAUUUUUAUAAUUUCUGUCUCUGUCACCAUGCAUUACAACAAAUAAUAUACACCAAAGUUGUACAUGUAAGGCUGUUAUUCUAUCUCAGGUUUCUGAUGACACUGAUAAACCACUCGAGCCAGCGCUCUCGUGAUUUAUACAUCGCCACAAACCCUCGACAGAAUUACAUAUUAUGCACAGUUGGGUGUACAUUAUUCCUUAUAAUACCAACACAGACUUCCUAAAGAAAAUAAUAGAUCACAGGUCAGUUCCCUGUCCAAUCGACUAAUUGCAUAUCCUUGAUUUAUCAAGGACACAGGGUUAACCUAACCUGAAAGAAUAUACACAUGAUGAUCAGGUGUUAAGAUCCAGAAUGAUUAACAUCAAGAGAUUUUUAUGCAGACUUUCUGUUGAUCGUUGCACUGUAUUAUAGUAAAGAUUGACCUUGAUACAUGGCAAUAGUAAAACAGUCCAUGGCAUACUUCUAGAUCUUUUGCAGACAGGGAGAUAUGGAGUGGCUGCAACACACUUUACUUUAUGAGGAAUAAAUACAUGUUAAAUUGAUAUGCAAUUACCCAUUUAUUGAGGUUCUGUUACAUGUUACUAAAUAUGUGCAUGUACAGUUGACCCUGCCUCACAUGGUAUAAAGGUGUCUUCUCAGGAACCACUUUGGUGGACAAGAUGACUGCAAAACAAAGCUGAAGGGUUCUGUCACCAAAAGUGUGAAAGAAGAAGACACUCUUAUACCAUAAGAGGCAGGGGCUGGUUAACUGUAUGGUAACACUUUUAAGUGUCUCCAAUUACUGUGUAUUUACUUAGUAGUUACUUAGUAAAUACAUGUGUACUUACACAUAAUUACAAUGUUAUUAUGCAUAGUUACAAUGCAUUAACGUGUCAAUCUUUUUGCAAGAUAUAUGUAAGUACACAAUUGUAUCAGAAAGGAUUAGGGUUACAGUUAGGGUUAGGUUUAGAUGUACAUGUUAAGCACAUUGUAACUAUGCAUAAUAACAUUGUAAUUAUGUGUAAGUACACAUGUAUUUACUAAGUAACUAUCUAUUAUGGGGAAGUAAACAUAUUUAGUAAGUAGCUACUAUGUAAAUACACAAUAAUUUGAGACGUGUAAUAUAAAGUGUUAC